ACGCGGUGUUGCUACAUGCUCCGGAAGUGCAGUGAAAGCACGGGGUUUCCCAGACUCCCUAAGCAGGCUUCUUCCUUUCUCAUCCGACAUCUUGAAGUAGCAGCAGCAGCUGUUGCCGCCGCCGCUACCAGCACCACCGCCAUGCCCCCCAAGGACGAUAAAAAGAAGAAGGAUGCGGGGAAGUCCGCGAAGAAAGAUAAGGACCCAGUGAACAAAUCUGGGGGUAAAGCCAAAAAAAAGAAGUGGUCCAAGGGGAAAGUAAGAGACAAGCUGAACAACCUUGUUUUGUUUGAUAAGGCUACUUAUGAUAAACUGUGCAAAGAAGUGCCCAACUACAAGCUCAUCACACCAGCUGUAGUCUCUGAAAGGUUGAAGAUUCGAGGAUCUUUAGCAAGAGCUGCCCUCCAGGAACUGCUCAGCAAAGGUUUGAUCAAACUUGUGUCGAAGCACCGAGCCCAAGUGAUUUACACCAGAAACACAAAGGGUGGAGAUGCACCUGCUGGUGGGGAGGAUGCUUAAAAAAGUGAGGUGCUAUUGAAAUUCUAGAGUUGCAGGUUUUCCAGUCACCUCUGCAAUCUUAUGUAAAUGUAUACAAUAAAACUGUUGAAUUAA